AUGGGUAAAGACAGGAUCAGUGAGUUACCUGAGGAGUUGCUUCUACAGAGAUUGUCUUUACUUCCACCAAAAACUGUUAUAACCACUAGUAUUUUGUCUAAACGAUGGCUGUCUCUCUGGAAGUUGGUACCGAAACUAGAGUUUGAUUCUGACAAUUAUCAGGAGGAUAUAGCGAAAUUUUUAGAGAAUGUUGGCAAGUUUUUGCUUUCACACAAAGCUCCGGUUUUGGAGAGUUUGCGUCUCAGAGUUACUGAUAAGACUGAAGAAACUAGAUGUGUUAUAAAUGUUGGAGUAUGGGUUGGAAUUGCGGUUGUACGCCAUGUGCGUAAGUUGGUGCUCGAUCUUUUUUUAUUUAAAAGUUCAGUCAGAUUUCCAACUAGUGUACUUUUCUCUGAUACACUUGAGACCUUGCAACUCAAGUAUUCGGUUCUUGUUGAUGUUCCUUCUCGAAUUUAUGUGAAGUCUCUCAGAACUUUGCACCUUUAUCAUGUGAGCUACAAAGACGGUGAAUCAAUCCAUAACCUUAUAUCUGGCUGUCCUAAUCUUGAAGAUUUUCUCAUACAAGGAGGUACUUGUAAGGUUGUGCUGACUUUGGUUAUUGAAGCGCCAUCUUUAAAGAGACUAUGGAUUCACGGUCAAAUUGGGGGACGAAAGACUAUGAUAAACGCUCCUUGUUUGGAAUACUUGGAAAUGAAAGGGUUUAGUCAUGGUGAGUGUUGUCUGAUUGAGAAUGCUCCGGUGUUAGUCAAGGCAACUAUUAGUAACGUUUCUUACAUCGUUAAUGAGAAUAUUUUGGGAUCUCUUAAAUCAGCCAAACGUCUUUCCUUGAACUUAUCACCUUUAGAGAUUAAGUGCCCUACCGGAGCAAUCUUUCAUCAGUUGGUAUAUCUAGAGAUGUAUACACGUGAAGCAGAGUGGUGGAAUCUGCUUACGAUCAUGCUCGAUAGCUCUCCUAAACUACAAGUCCUCAAACUCAUCGAUGUAAGAUUACGAUCUGAUGGUUGUCUUUCUCUCUUUUGGGGUUUGAAAUAUGAAGGUCUGAUAGUAAUACACAUUUUGCCUUGUCUUUUUCUCACCAGCAUGAUAAGGAUGCUAGCAAAGAUGAUGUGGACACUAGCAGGAGAUGGAAUGGGCCAAAGUACGUUCCUGAAUGUUUUGUCUUCUUGCCUCGAGACAUUUGUGUGGAAUCGGAUAAGAUACGGUUGUGAAAGAGAAGAAGAAGAGAAAGAAGUAGCUAAAUACAUUCUAAAGAACGCAAGGCUCUUAAAGAAGGCAACAUUUUCCACUACUAUACCCAUUGAAUCGAAAGAGCUCAACAAGCUUGAAGAAAGACGCAAGAUGCUCCUCAACGAGUUGAGCAGAGUGAAAGCUUCAAAUUCUUAUCAACUUGUAUUUGACGGUGAAUCAAUAUAA